AUGCGAGGAGCCGUGGCCGUGCUCCUGCUCUGCUGCACGCCAGCAGCAGCACUCGCACCGCGGCCGCUCGACCUGCGCUUCGACCACGUACAGAUCUUCGCCGAUGCCGUCGCACCGGUGGAGACCUACGCGGCCGUCGAGACACGCGCAAGUCAGGCGUGCGCCACAUUACAAGAGGAAGACGAGCGCGUCUUCGACUCGACGAACCGCGACGUCGUCGCCCAGCUCCUCUGGGCCCUCCAGUGGCGCGUCGUCGCCCACUGCGCGACGUCGGUCGUCGUCGCCGCGUCGCAGGACGACGACGCGUCGACAUUCGUGAUCACGGGACCUGGUGGACAGGGCCCGGCCUGGGCUUGCCAUGAAAGAUGGGCUGAAGCCCGAGAGGCGAACGCGGGCCGCGCCUCCGUCGGGUGUCUGGCCUUCCGCUGCGUCGGCGAGACGACUGUUGAUGAUGUACACGCUUCGUACCUGGAGACGCAUCCCGCGUUAAUAAAAACGAAAGAGGAGGGCAUGCUCGAGGCCUACGCGUACUACGACGGAGACGGACCGGAUUUUGGGACCGUGUUGCGCUUCGUGGAAGGAGAUGAACUGCCCGGCCUUACAUGGAGAGACCCGGACUUCUCGCAGUCAAUCAAGGCAAAACCCGACCACUGGGUCUCGAACGUCCACAACCGCCAGGGCUUCCUGAAGACGCUAGGCGACUGCCUGGGGUACGAGUCGCAGGUCGAAUUUGCCUCCGGCGUCGUUGCGGCCGGAGACGCGGUGAUUGAAAGCACGGUCGCGGGGCCCUCCGACCGGUCGGUCUUCUUGCCGGUGAACAACGCGCUGUCGGACGCGGGCCACGUCGCGUCGUUCUUGGAUCAAUUGGGCAACGGCGUGCAGCACGUCGCGACGCGCGUCGACGAUUUGCUGAUGGUCGUGCGCCGGGCCAAUCUUAUUAGGCGGUGUUGUGGGGAAGGUCUCGCGUUCUUAGCGGUGCCGCGGUCGUACUACGGCGACCUGGCUUCAGCUGACGUGCUCGCCGAACGCGCCAGGGUGGACGACGCCUCGGAGGCCUACGAGCGCCUUCUGAGUAACGGCUUGGUCGACGACGCGGGCGUCGUGGCGCUAGACUGUGAUGCUGAGAAGGCGGCAGAAGCGUUGGGUGGCCUGCCUCACGUUAAAGCUCUCGCGGAGGCCGUCGCCUUAUCGAGGUACUACAACGUGCACCUCAUGCUCGGCGACCGCUUCGACGAGAAGACGUACGUGGGCUGGGUGCGCGAGCGCGUGCUGGUGGACGUCCAGGGCGACGACGUGCUGUUGCAGAUCUUUACGAGGCCGAUCCUGCAAUCGAAUGCGAACGAGGAGGCGCCGUUCCUGGAAUUUAUACAACGAGUGUGCUCCGCCAGAGAGCUCCCGCGGCCGGGGUGCGGCGGGUUCGGGAUUCGCAACUUCCUCGUGCUGUUUCUCUCCAUAGAGCUCUCUAGCGCGGCCCAGCGCGGCGACGCCGCGGCGUCUUCAUUAUUACGGGAGCAAUUGGCGGAGUCGAACCCGAUCCUGGCCGACAUCGCCGACGCGGCCGCGCGCGAGGCGGACCUGCGCGCGGCCGGGCGCGACGCGUCGGCGGCCGCCGCGGCGCGCCUCGCUGGCCAGGAACGGCUCCAGGCCGUCUCCGCGCGGUACGCGGCGGCGAUGAAGGCGCUCAAGGUGAGUUAA